GUUUUGUUUGUUUUUUUCUAGCUGGCUUGACAGGUGAAUCGAGCCUUGUUCGGACAACUUUUCCAGAGAUGGCCUCCCUCACAUCGAUGACCUCAGCGCUGUUGAUACUGCAGUUUGUGUUUGGUGAAAGCUCCCACAAGUAUCUUCACGAAGAUCAUUAUAUUGGUCAGCAGCACAACCCUGAGCAUGACAUGCAUGUCCUGCUUGGAAAUGAGGACUCCGAGGAGACAAAGAAACUGAGCCCGGCAGAGAAGCGGCAAAGGAUGAUGGCAAUCGUGAAGAAGAUUGAUAAAAAUUCUGAUAAGUUGUUAAGUGCAGAAGAGAUCACCCUGUGGAUUCAGCACGUCUACAGGAAAUAUGCCCUGGAUGAUGCUGAGGAGCGCUUCCCCGAGUUUGAUACAGACAGUGAUGGUGUUGUAUCGUGGGAGGAAUACAACAUGGUCGCUCACGAUCAGCUCAUCAGUUUUGAUGACAGUGCUGUUCUGGAAGAUCCUGAGCAAGAGUCCCUCAGAUAUCUCCACCAAAAGGAGAGGAGGCGCUUUGAAUUUGCUGAUGUGGACGGCACACCAGGCCUCAAUGUGACAGAGUUUCUCGCCUUCACACAUCCGUCUGAAGUGGAUCACAUGUCUGAUUUUGCCAUUGAAGACGUGUUGAGUGAAUAUGACACGAACAAAGAUGGAUUCAUCAGUCUAAGUGAAUUUAUUGGAGAUGUUCGCAGUGAUGAGGGCAAUACCCCAUCGCAGUGGGAGAUUGAAGAGACAGUGCGCUUUAAAGACUUGUAUGAUCAAGAUAAGGAUGGCAAGUUGAACCGAGAGGAGCAGCUGCGAUGGGUUGCACCUAACAGCUAUGGCUCAGCAAGAGAAGAGGCUCUUCACCUCAUCAAGGAAAUGGACCAUGAUGGUGACGGGCAAAUUUCAGAGGCCGAGGUCCUGAAGAAUCUAGAAACAUUCAUGAACAGUGAAGUGACAGACUAUGGCAGACAGCUGCAUGUAUCACAUGACGAAUUAUAGCUUUAUAUUCUUGUGUAUUUUAGAGUUUUCUCAUUUGUGUCCAUAGCAAUGUAUGUAUGUUUGUUAAUGUAUGUUAGCCUAACAUUUUGCAUGGGUUUCUGCCCCUCCCUUUUUUUCAUUCAAAGUCUGAAAACUGAACAUGCAAUGCAAGGAUAUGCACCUUC